GCGAGCGGUAGAGGAGGUGCACGAGAGGGAGGUGCACGAGUACCAGUUACCGGCACCUUGGCUCCGUGAGCGCGCGCUAAAUGAAUGAUGUCCGUGAUGACAAUGAAUGGAAGCUACAGGCAUUAAACGCACUGCUCGUAGGUUCGGCAGUGAGACCCGGAGAACAUGUCCCACUACCGCUUCAUCAAAUGCUGUUGUUUCCAGCUAUGUAACGCCUUCAGGCAGAACAUGGAGAUAGACCAGUGUCUGCUGGAGUCGUUACCUCUGGGACAGAGGCAGAGGCUGGUGCGGCGGAUGCGCUGUGAUCAGCUGCGGGCGUACUACGAGCGGGAACAGUUGCUGCAGAAACAGGCUACACACAAAUCUCAAGGCAGCCAACGCAAGAAACGCGCCGUCAGCUUCUCUCUCUCCAACGUCAUCCAGGACGCCAUCAUACGGCACGAUGAUAAAGAAGUGCUGAGGCUGUUGAAGGAGGGAGCUGACCUGAACACAGUGAUUUCCUCUGGAGGCUCUUUGCUUCAUCUGUGUGCUCGCCAUGACAACGUGUUUGCCGCAGAGGUUCUGAUAGAACGAGGUCUGAACAUCAAUCUGCAGGAUGAAGAUCUCUGGACGGCGCUGCAUGUGGCCUGUGCCUGCGACCACACUGAUAUGGCGCUGCUGCUGCUUCUGGCCGGGAUCAAUGUCCUUCUACAGGAUGUAAAUGGAAAUGUAGCACUUGAGUACGCAUCAGAGGGGACCGAGACCAGCUACAUCCUCAUCAAGCAUUUGGAGGAGAAUGGACUGGAUGUGAGCGUACUGCACCACAUGAAGACCCAGAGAUCAUCUGUCAUGCUGGCAGAUGUGAGGCAGCUGGUGAGCAGUAAGGCCAGCGUCAACCAACGGAACGAGGACGGAGUCACACUGCUACACAUAGCGUGUGCUAGCGGCUUCAGGGACGUGGUGUCACUGUUACUAGAAAAAGGAGCGGAUGUACAAGCUGCAGACAGUAACUACUGGACUCCCCUGCACCUGGCUGCCAAAUAUGGACAGACUCUUAUCAUAGCCAAGCUGCUGAAGCACAGAGCAGACCCCACUCUACUCAACUGCAACCAGGAUAAGCCAUCAGAUGUUGCUGUUUCUGAUCAAAUAGCAGAAAUGUUGAUAAAGGCAGAGGAGUUCUGGCUGCAGAGAGCAAAAGACCAGACGUUCCUUUCACCUCAGUUAAAUGAACACUGUGAAGAAUUUGACAAGGACGUCAGCAUGUCUGUGAAAAAACUAACCCCCAUGACGGUACCCAUCUCCAAGAGGGACAGCCUGUUAGAAAAGGACAUCAUGUUUCGGGACUCGGGUGGAGCACUGACACAUCAGUCAUCACAGGACAGCGGGGUGGAUGGAUCCUAUCCUAGCACCACAAGCAAACUGGAACAGGUGAAGCUAAUGCCCCCAGCACCUAAUGAUGACUUAGCAUCUCUGAGUGAGCUGACAGACAGCAGCCUUCUGUACGAGAUGCAGAAACGAUUCAGCAACAACCAGAUCUAUACCUACAUUGGACACAUUCUACUUCUCGUAAACCCCAACAAAGACCUUCCAAUCUACUCUAAUCUCGUCAGUCAGUUGUAUCUGAGCUCCAGUGGUCGUCUCUGCUCCUCUCUUCCUCCUCACAUCUUCUCCUCAGCUGAACGAGCCUAUCACAUGAUGCUGCAGGAACGGCACCCUCAGUGCUUCAUCAUCAGUGGAGAGAGUGGCUCAGGAAAAUCAGAGGCCUGUAAGCACAUUCUGAAGCACCUGGCUGCUCGCUCAUGCCCGAAAGGCUUUGCCCUGGAGCCUCGCAUGAAACAUGUGAACUCAAUACUGGAGGCGUUCGGCCAUGCUAAGACACCUAUGAAUGUUAACUCGAGUCGCUUCAUCAAGCUGCUUUCCCUGCAGUACAGUGAGAAGAGGAGGACUCUGCUCAGAGCUCGUGUGCACACCUACAUGCUGGAGAAGACCCGGCUCAUCUGCAUCCCCCAGCAGCAGCACAGCUUCAACAUCUUCCAUCUGAUGGCUGAAGGGCUUUCAACUGAGGAGAAGAACAACCUGAACUUGAAUAAUAUUCUAGCCAACAGGUAUUUGAACCCAGUAGCACAUGGUGAAAUCCCUGCAGCAGACCAAGUCUGUCCUCAAAGCAAAGAGAAGCUGACGUCUCUUAAACAUGCUCUGCGGGCUCUAGGAUUCAACAAAAUGGAGGUAGAGAAUCUGUUUGUGCUCCUCUCGGCUCUGCUCCACCUGGGGGAGCUACGCUUUACAGCACAGACGGAUGCUGACACAGCACUGGUGUCUGAUCAGCAGCUGCUAGACAGAGUGGCAGGCAUGCUGCAGGUGAACUCGGAGGAUCUGGGCUCUGCACUUACCUCUGAUGUGCAGUAUUUUAAAGGUGACGUUAUAACACGGCGCCACACAGUGGAAAUGUCCAACCAGUACAGAGACCUUCUCAUCAAAGCCCUAUAUGGGCGACUCUUCAGCUUCCUAGUCAACAACAUCAACUUUUAUCUUCAAGGCCAGGACGAAAGCCUUGGAGAUCCUGCAUUUGAGAUUAAUAUCCUGGACAUCUUUGGCUUCGAGAAAUUCCAGAAGAACGACUUUGAACAGCUGUGCGUAAACAUGGUGAACGAGCGGAUUCAGCAGCACACCUCCGAAGUCCUCUUCCAGCAGGAACAGCAGGAGUGUCUGCAAGAGGGGGUCGCCAUGGAGACCGUACGCUCCCCUGCCAGUCAGCCCUCCGUUCUGGAUCUCUUCUUACAGAAGCCUCAGGGUGUGCUGUGUAUGUUAGACGACGAGAGUCAAUCUCUCAGGCCCUCUGAACUCAGCCUCUUCAAGAGAAUGCAAACCCAAAUCGACUCCACUGCCUCUGAUGCCAUCUCAUUUACCACCAAAGAUGGAAAUGGAAACCCCCCACCUAAAGACCAGGGACCCUCUUUUAUCGUCGCACACUAUGCUGGAAAGAUGAGCUACGACUUGAUGGGCUCGUUGGAGAGGAACCGGGAAGCUCUGCCCCUAAAUAUACUGUUUGUUCUAAAAUCCAGUGAGAACGUGCUUAUCCAUCGAAUAUUCCAGUGUAAGCUGACUCAGACAGGCUCCCUGGUGCCACCAAACCAGCGGCUGCAGCUACGCAGAUCCAAAGGAGCACUCCACCUUUACAUGUUGAACCCAGCCAACCCCUCCAGAGAUGCUACAAAAUACCUGGAGCUCAAAAAGCUCAUGAAGAAAAAAGGAGCUACAUCAUUCUGGCAGAAGCUGGAGCGCUGUGGCCCGGUCACUGUGGCAGUACAACUGAGAAACUGUCUAUCAGAGCUCAACAGUAAGCUGCAGCAGUGCACUCCUCACUUUGUGCAGUGCGUGAGGCCCAACAGCUCUGGCCAGGCUGACACUUUUGACAGCUUGCUCGUCUCCACUCAGCUGCAAUACGUGGGAGUGCUGGAGAUGGUGCGCAUGAUCCGCUACGGCUACCCAGUGCGCAUGCCCUUUACCGGCUUCCUCCACAGGUACAGAGAGCUGGUAGACACCACACUGAUAGACGGAAGAACAAUGUCGGCAGAGGAGAAGUGCCGCCAUGUUCUUCAGUCCUGCAAGCUCCAGGGAUGGCAGAUUGGCAGCAGCAAAGUGUUCCUGAGGUACUGGCAGGCCGACCACCUAAACGAUCGCUGCCACCAGCUCCACAGAAAGAUUGUCACCUGUCAGAAAGUGGCGCGUGGCUGGUUGGUGAGGCUGCGUAUACGUCGCACGCUGAGGUAUCAGCAAAGGGAACAGUGCAAUGUGCAGCAGUUCCUGCAGGGGGCAGAAGACCUGGGUCUGCACGCGUACGACAGCCUGGUUAUUCAGAACGCGGCCGAUAUUGCGAGAGAGAACGACCGCCUGAGGGGCCAUAUCAGCACUCCACCUCUGGGGGAGAGACCCGAACCUGUAGGCACAGAGGACAACUCGCCCAAAAGGCCCAUGGAAAAAAGCGUGAGGGUAAAUGAUACAGCAGGCCGUGGUGGAACCAGGACUAUCAGACACUUCCGUUCCAGUUCUGUUCCUCUCACCAUAGUCAUGGACAACUUGGUACAGUCCAGCAUUGGGCCAUCAAUCAAACUGGCCAUGCAGUCUGCUUCCCACAGUAUUGAAGAUGGGGGUAGCGGUUGCCUCUCAUCACCACGGAAACAGCCUCCUCCCAAACCAAAGAGGGACCCGAACACGCGUCUGAGUGCAUCUUACGAGGCCGUAAGCGCUGGACUGAGUAUCGCGCCUAAAGAUGGUGCUGCUGAUGGCCAAGCCUCGCCCUCUGGAAGCCCACCGAAAACCCAGCUGUCGCCCACUGACCCUCUAUCUAAACCCCGCCCUCACAGCGACGACUACAGCACCAUGAAGAAGAUCCCCCCACCCAAACCCAAGCGCAGCCCCUACACCAAGCUCACUGGCUCCUGCGAGGAGAUAUCCUCUUCCCUGUCUCCUGUACGACCUACAGAAAUGAAACUGGCAUGCCUGGCUCGCAGUGGCCACUUACUCGGCCUGGCACAGCGGGCAGCCUCCGAGGACGGGCCAUACACAUCCACGUUAAGCCUCCAGCCAGGCCGGGACGACGAGGACGUCUACAUCGAGAUGGUCAGCACCUGCAGGGCUCUCGGCAUGGCCGAGUCUCACAGCCCGGAGCAGGGCGAGGCUGUUUAUGAGGAAAUGAAGUACUUCCCAUCAGAAGAGGGUGGUUCCGUUCCCCCGGUCAAACCUGAAGUAUGUGACUCCACCACCUUCAUUAGUAACACUCCAAAGCUGCCGCAGACGCUGGAGAUCAAGAGGCCGGUAGCUCUGAUGGAUCAUCCAAACAUGCUGAUAGGACGUCAGCAAAGCUGGGAUGCUGAAAAACGCAACUAUAAAACAAAAAAGGACGGAGGACCAUGUGACAUCCCAGCUCCUUUUCCCAAUUUGCUUCCUCAUAGGCCCCCUCUACUAGUGUUCCCUCCAUCUCCAGUCACGUGCUCUCCGGCCUCAGACGAGUCCCCUCUUACCCCACUCGAGGUGAAGAAGUUGCCCGUGUUCGAGCCCAACCUCAACUACACCAGCCAAGACGGCGGCAGCCCACUUUCACCCCAGUACAGCCGCCAGAGGGCUGACUCCUCCCCCAGCCUUUCCAUCCUAAUGCCUGACAAAUCUACCCCACCUCUGACUCCUCCACCUCCCGCUAUACCUCCCCCACCCUACAGGCCUCCGUCACACUUUCCCUUUCCCCCUGAUAUGAACUUUCUGGUUCGUGCUGGUGCAGACUCAUCCAAAAUGGCUUCUAAAGGCAGCCCUGGUAUACCAGAGACACCGCCCGGCAGCACCAAGCCACCUUAUUCCCCAGUGAAGUCAGCUCGACCGGAGGCGCGCCGUGCACACUCUUGUUCGUCCUCACCGUUGCUGUUCAACCCAGCUAAUGCGAGAGGCCUCACAAGCCCGCUCGAUGAACUUAAUACGCUUUUCAGUUCGGGACGCAGUCUGCUUCGGAAGUCCACCACAGGACGCAAGAUCAGAGACACCGGUUUCUCCAACUCAAACAUGAACCUUCCUGGAAGAGAGGAUCAAGGUCCUAACUCUUCCUCCCCACAGUUACAGGACAAAAACGCCAAUCACCGCACUUCCUCUCCCAACUCUCCCAUCCCUUCCUCUAUGGAGAAUGGCAACCAGAUCUCGAAUGGGACAUUAGAAGAUGAGGGACACCACAAGACGAAUGCACCCGGUGCCUCCUCACUGCACAGACACAUGGACAGCCAUCAUACUCAGAGGAGCCAUCUCAACUUCUCACCUUUUGGUGCAGGAGCAGCGCUCUAGCCUGGUCAUGGCUAUAGUAUCUGUGUAGAAAUGGGGACGUGAGUCUGUGAUUCUGUGUGUGUGGUGAUGAGAGGGCAGCUUUUCGAGACUGGUUGAGACGGAGCAGGAAUGUGUGCGACAGAACGUCUGGCUUCCUACACAUGGCUCACCCACCCCGCUGUCAAAGCACAAGAUCAAUUCCACCAAGAA